GGUAUGUUAUGUUUCUGUAUAUAUUAAAAAGCUACUUUCCUAACUACAAUACGGAGUUUAGAAAAUAUUGAGACUUGGGCAUGCUCAAAUUCGGGGCGCAGCAGCGCAAAAAGAAGGAUAAUAAUGACACCGUUAAACUGAGAGGAUCCCGUCCAGAUAAUCGAGGUGAUAAUGGGGAUGACCGUCCUUCGUCUGUGGUAUAUAGUGGUUCAAGCCAAAAUAAUCAGAAAAACAGAAGACCAACUAGUUAUAUCGGGAACAGUCCUACACCCGGAGAUACAGAUGGUGAAAGAGAAAAUACGCUAUCGUCGUAUGCUCCACACGGCUUCCACGGAGAUGGCCAAGACACGGUUGUGAGGCCCAGGGCCGUUACCGAUGUCACAGCAUUUAUCGGUCCUCCACUGAAACCGAGUUUGAAGUCUGUAUCAUCUUCGCCAAAUUUUGAUCAAAACCUAGGAAAGAUGAAACUAGAUAAAGACAAGGAUCGCUAUUCAACAGCUUUCAUAUCCGGAGAAUCUUUUCGAAUACCCUUGUCUGUACUCAAUGAUUGGUUUGCUUUGAUAAGAAACGACACUAAUAAAGCUCCUCGACUGAAGAUAGUAAAUCUCGAAACCCAGGAACUCCCUCCUAAUUUGGAGGAGGAACCUCUUGACCCUCCAGCAGCUAGUGGUUAUCUUCAUCCAUUUUCAAAUGAUGGUAGUUUUUCUGGACCUGGUUUAAAAAGGAGAGAAUCAUCACCUGCGUCUUCUCAUGCUAUACGUGAAAAAGUUUUGAGCAAGCAGUCACACGAACAGUCUGAAAAGAAGAAAUUUGGCCGACCACGAUCACCAAGAAAUAAAACUCAUAUCGGAAUCAGCUUUGAUCCCCUUCACCCUUUUCGCACCAGUGACCCCCUUCAAGAUGUCGGUCUUCAUCAUAUCCCAGCAAUAAGUAAAAAAGCAUCAUCAAAUAACUCAUCAGGCCGAUCUUCCCCAUCAUUUUUUGGUUUUGUGAGGAAGCGUAAUAAAAGUAACUCUCAACGUUCCCCCUCACCUCAGCCUCAACUAAAAAGCCCCACUCAAGAUACAGUUGACUCAGAGAAACUUCAUAAAGGUCUUGUGGCACAAAAACGUAAAGAUUACGAAGAUACUCUGAAAAGGAGUCAAAAAAGGCCCCAAAGUUCCUCGUUUUCUUUAGUUGAGUUGUUGGAAAAAGAGCAGAUUAGUAUAAAUCAACCUGAUUAUGAAGACGGUUACCAAGGCCUUGUAAACAGGUCUCGCACAGCUUUCGAAAAAGGUCCGAGGUCACCUGUUGCACAGAGAAGAUUUCCAGCGGAAAGUAAUAUCAAGAGAAUCAAUUCAGCUCGUCCUUAUUUUGGAGCAAGUCGUGAUCUACAACAGCCAAGUCCUCGCAAUCCACCUAGAAAAGACAGUGGUGAACAUCCAUCUAUAGAAGAGGAAAGUUAUAUAUAUGCCACAGUAAAUAAACCAAGGACUCCGAGUAGCUCCUCUUCAACUGGAUUUCAUAGUCCUGCAUUUUCACCUAGCGUCGAUCAAAUUGAUGAUCCCUACUAUCUGCCAAAUGAUUGCAUGAAACUACGUUCUGAUAGUUCUCCAGCACAUAUCAGCCAUACUCCAGAUCGUGGUAAUAGUUUUGAUUCAGAAGAAACUGAUCCUUAUACUUACUACAAACCUGUAGACUCCGUUGAUAAUAUUAACCAGUUGGAUCAAGCUGAUAAAUUUGCCAUAGGAUUGGAAGAAGAACUACAAGACCAAACUGACAUUUUGAAUUUACAUGAGCAGUUUUUUAAAACCUACGAGAAGAGCUUAAGAGAAUCAGAAGAAGCAGAGGAGUUAUUGAAUAAGAAAGACACAAAGUUGAAAGCUAAACAUUCUUUUUUGAGGAAGAUAAAAGGAACCUUAACCCAUCAACCACCCUCAGUUGCAACUUCACCCCCAGUCUCAUCACUCAGACCAGAAUCACCACAACUCACUCAGCCCAAGUCACCUAGACCCCAUCAGAGACACUCACCUUCGCCACCCCCCAUAACAAAAACAGCAGCUUCACCGGUUCAUAGAGGACAGGUAUCUACCAAUUUAACAAGAAAUCUUAGUGCUCGGGAACCUAAUCAAGCAAAGCAGGAUUCUCUACGAAGAAUUCAGAGUGAGAAACUCACUCCUGAAAACGCAAGAAAAGCCAGACAGGGCCGAACACCACCUCGUUCCAGCAAUCCUGAACCGGUUUAUUCUGUACUUGACAAAAGUAGAAAAAGAUCGCCUGGCUCACAAAAACUUAAUUUUACUCUUCUGACAUUGAAAUCACCUUCACCCUGUUUGGUGUUUGAAGAACCGCCAACUUUAUUCAGAGAUAAAAGCGAUGAAAUGAUCCUGACUUCCUCCGAGGAUGAGAUUGCAUGUCGACAGUGGUCUCAUAUUUGCAAACUUCCUCUUCACGAGCAAAAGAAAAAGGAAAUGCUUUGUACCGGAGAAACAACUUGUGCAGCUGAUGAAUUCGAAUGUUUGGAUGGGUCAGCAUGUUUGAAGAAAAACAGAGUUUGCGAUGAAUGGAAAGAUUGCAGGGAUGGUAGCGACGAAGUGCAGUUUGAUGUGAACGUUCAUACGGCAGAUGACGGAGUUCCCUGUCGCGGAGACACUAAUUUCGGAAUUUGUCUCCUUGAUAAAAUUAACGCCCCAAAACAUGCUGUUUUAUGUAUGAAAGAUGGACUUUGUAAAGAAAACGAAUUCCGGUGCUCUGAUAACAAGGAGUGUAUCCCAAUGUCGUGGUUUUGUGAUGGAGAAGCCGACUGCAGUGACGAUAGUGAUGAACUUAUAUAUAAUGAUUUGACAUACAACGAAUCGGAUGGCACUCCAUGUCGUGGAUCUAGAAGUUACCAUCGAAUAUGCCUUCUUCCACUUCAACAAAAAUCGAAAAAAGACCAAAUAUGUGCUAUGGGAAUGUCGUGCACCGAAGAUGAAUUCAAUGCUUAG